AUGGAGAUAAAGCUAUGCAAAUCUUCUCCUUCUCAGACAUUGCUUCAGCACAAGUCCCAUGUACUAAGUUUUUUCUUUUCUUCUCUUUCUUCGAAAAAACUUGUAGGCUGUUUUGAGGGUAAAAUGGAUGUUGUUAAGGUAAAAAAGAAAAAGAGUUUGUUCGUUAAGACAUCGGAGCGAUGUCGAUCAAUCUGUGGAGUCCGUGAGAACAGAAAAUCUCCACCGAAGCCUUCAAGUAUUUUUUCAAGGAGCAAUUCAUGGCACUACACCACAAAAUCAUCCAAAGACGACGAUGACAUGCCCAACACCAAGAACCACCAAGUAAUAGCUACACAAGGUUGCUUCCCAGUCUAUGUCGGAUCAGAGAGGCAAAGGUUUGUGGUGAGGAUUCAGUAUGCAAAUCACCCAUUGUUCAAAAUGCUUCUUGAAGACGCUGAAAUGGAAUAUGGGUUCAACAGUGAAGGACCUCUUUUGCUUCCAUGUGAGGUUGAUCAUUUUUACAAGGUUUUAGCAGAGAUGAAAGAGAGUAAAGAGAUUGAACAACCUAGUUGUGGAUGUUAA